UUGGAACUGCAUCCUCAGCUGCAGAUAUGGAUGAAGAUGGAUCUCCAACCAUAAAAUGUAUACUUUGACUGAAGUAAAUCUAAAGCACAAAGUAGAGCAUAAAAUCCUCCCAAAUUUAGCACAAAUUGUGGUUUUCAUUUUUCAAUCAACAAAAAAAAUGGGUUCAGAAACGUUUCUGGAAGUGAUAUUGGCAAUCAUCCUCCCACCUGUUGGAGUCUUCCUUCGUUUUGGCUGUGGAGUGGAGUUCUGGAUAUGUUUGUUGCUGACAAUAUUGGGAUAUAUACCCGGAAUCAUAAUAAUGGAUGAUGGCAAACCCUAUAAAGCUCCACGCGUGUCUCAGCCCAUCGAACAAGUCGAUAAGACUCCAAGCACUCGGAGGCCACCUGUUUCCAGGGCUGCAUCUCUGCAGAUCAUGGCCCGGGGACUUUCCUGGGCCUCGUUCCGUUCUCAGAAUUGUGGCCCGAUCGCUUCGUCCGGUGGCAUCACUGGCAGCCUUUCUGCGAAGGUUUAUAAAGCCAAGUAA